AUGCUCCUACUUUCUUCUUGCCCUCACCCCAUAGAAUUUACGUAUAGGCAAGGAAAAACAGCAGGGCAAAGCGCAACUGCACCCCUGGGCUGUAACAAUCCAUAUGAAAUAUCCGGGGGAAACAGCUUACUUCACAUCCAAUACAAAUCUUCUGGAAAGUUCUUGAGGGUUUUUCUAAAACAGUCCCCUUAUUCCCCGGCCCUCUUCCCCAGAGUUCAAGAUAAACAGAUAGGUACAGAGAAGACGCGGGUUACUGCAUCCUCCAUGCUCUUCGAUAAAUUACAUUUAGGCGGUCAAUGUACAUGCCCCCCAAAAGGACGAAAAUCAGUAAGAUCUUAUGUAGCUGCAAUCGAGUCUGCUGACGCACUUGCUCUCACUAGAGAUAGAGUCUGGAUUCACUUGUACGAUGGUAUUAUAAGGGCAGCUGAAACGGUUCAUUUGUUGCAGGCUGCAGUUGCGGAAUACAGCCCUCUCAAUAAACAGAAGGCGGAGCUUCUGUUUUUGCUUGGUAGAGGUAGUCCACCCCUCGCGUCCAUUGGUGUGACCUGCAUGUUCUCAGAGUCUGUAAAGACGCCAUGGAAUACGGGAGGGUUCCUAGGUACCGAGGCGGCACGGUUAGCCCCGAACGGCAGGCCCCCCGAAGCUGCCAUGGAGCCAUCCCUCCAGAGUUCAUGGCAAGACGGUCUCCCCCUGUUUGAAAGUGAAGCAGGCAAUAGUGCAGUAGAGCUGGACCACCUGAUUCGUCCGGUGCAUCAUCACUUGAGUGCGGGCAGACGCAGGGCCUUCUUUGGGGCCUUAAAAAAGGCCCCGCAAACCUCCGCAGACACUGCAUGGGAACAGCAAAGUAGGCACCCCGCUUUUGUCGACAAGUCGGUCACCUCCACAAAUACCCCAAGUGCAUUCGUUAUUUCCAAUCCAUUCGAAGAGUGGAUGUCUCCUAGCCCUCCUGAAGAGAAGGUGCUUCUCCCAAAGCCCCCAGCAGGGCCAUCUGACGAGCUUUCUCGUGAGGCCGCACGAGACACAGAGGAGCCGACUGCUGAAAAGGCACGCGAAAGCGCUCCGCCAGCAACACCUGUGACUCCUACUCAAGAAGCGCAGGAGACAACCGACGGCUCUGCAUCGCCAGAUCAACCCAAGGAAGAGGGCAAAGGGGGCGAUGAAGUGGACGCCCUCCAUUCAAAAGCCGGAAACACCACUGCCGAAGUUCUGGCGGACGCAAAGAAAGAUACUGAACGACAUGCGCAGGAGCAAGCAGACGAGUUGCAGCAACAGCAACAGACGCAGAGCCAGGACGAGCAGGCGCAGGCCACGCACUCAGCUACGCAUUUGAGCUCGGAAAGCCCGACGGCUGGGAGAGAAACUGAUAAAACUUCUGUGCUUAAAACCUUCGAGAAGGCCCUGGCGUCGAAAGUGGUGAAGCUGAAGCUGACAGAGCAGGAGACGAAAGACUUUGUAGACACGAAGGAGGUUGCCAAGAAUGUUCGCCGUUUAGUUGGCCUGAAGGCUGGAUCAAAUCUCCAUCUCGAAAACGAGAAGCUUAUCAAGCCCUGCUCGUGCCGCGUGCUGGAACGGAAGGUUAUUAGGGGAGGCGACCAAUUUUCACGAGAAGUCAUGGAGACCGCAUUCCGCCAAAUCACGUAUAUAGCAAUUGUUGAUGUUAUCCUCUGGGGCUGCAUGCAAUCAAAUGUGGCAGGAAUCCUCGAUGAGCUCGUAUUUGGGGAUGUGAUGCCACAACACAGGGACGCAGAUAUUGUGCUUGAAAAUGUUUCCCCAAUGCUUGAAGUUCUUUUUGAGGAGCUAUUCUUUGUAGCCAUUUUGCUACUAAUCUGGUAUGUGGUGUUUGUCAUCCUAUUGCAGUGUCUAGUUAGGCAGCUGUCAACGUGGAUGCGUAAGGUGGACGAGGAGGAAGACGUUGCGGAGAUUGCGCGGAGGGCAGAGAUUGCGCAGCAUUCGACCUGCGGGGGAUGCUUCCAGGCAGAUGACAUUGCGAAAGCCUGCUUCGUGGCACACAGGCAAGCCUGCGUUUGCGAGUAUUUCGAGACCGGAGUUAGGGGUAGUCUUGGACUCUGUAUGGCUUGUUGCGGAACGAGCCAAACUGUGUCACUUAUAAACCGGGAGAGGCAGGCAGGGUCAAGAAAAACGAGUGUGCUUGUAGGUACAGGGUCACUUAUCCUUCAUAUCUGCGCUUUUGCUUGCUAG